AGAGCACUUGGAGCCUUGCAGUCACUCUUCCCAGACAGCCACAUCCACCGCUCUCCUCUCCCCUUCUCCUCACCUCCAGCCCUCCUCUCCAAUCAUCUGCUGCAACCCUUCAUUCAUCUGGAGCCCUGAGCAAAACCAGUCCUUUGUCCUCACCCAAAAUCCGCCUUCAUGGAGACCACCAGGAACAUCCUCACCAUCUCUGAGGCGCUCUACCAUCUGAUCGUCAUGAUGCUGACACUGGGCCAAGGCAUUCACUCAAUGCCUGUUCCCACUGAUGUCCCCAUGUGCACGGCCUCAGAAACUGCACAGUACAGCCUAACAUUUACCGGCAAGUGGACCCAGGCAGCUUUCCCCAAGCAGUAUCCUGUCUACCGUCCUCCUGCACAGUGGUCAAACCUCAUUGGGGUGACCCACAGCUCCGACUACCACAUGUGGCAGCGUAAUGAGUUUGCCAGCAACGGAGUGCGGGAGUUUGCGGAGAAAGGCGAGGCCUGGAUGCUCAUGAAGGAAGUUGAGGAGGCCGGCGAACGCAUCCAGAGCGUUUAUGGGAUCCUCUCCGCUCCCGCUGUCGUGGGAGGAACAGGCCAGAUGAACACUCAGUUUGAGGUCUUCGCCCGGCACUCCUAUUUGUCGUUUAUUGUGCGCAUCAUUCCAAGCCCUGACUGGUUUGUGGGUGUGGACACUGUUGACCUGUGCGACGGCGACCACUGGAAAGAGAAUGUGUCACUGGAGCUUUUCCCGUACGACGCAGGAACUGACAGCGGGUUCACCUUCUCCUCUCCAAACUUUGAGACCAUCCCGCAGGACAAAAUCACACAGAUCACCUCCUCCUUCCCUAGCCACCCUGCCAACUCCUUUUACUACCCCCGCCUGAAGCACCUGCCACCCAUCGCCAAGGUAACGCUGACCAAGGUAAAGAAGACCAAUCAGAUCAUCAGUCUGCCUGUGGAGCCCACCCAGUCCAACCAACUGCCAACAGGAAACGAGAUUGAAGACAAACUCAUAAAUACCCCUCUGGACUGUGAGGUGUCAGUGUGGUCUCCCUGGGGCUUGUGCAAAGGCAAGUGUGGAGACUCGGGCAUGCAGCACCGCACACGCUACAUCCUGAUGCACCCAGCCAACAAUGGAGCAGCCUGCCCCCUGCUGGAGGAAGAGAGGAAGUGCUUCCCUGACAACUGCUUAUGACUAGGCCAGGAAAGGAGGGAGAAGAAAGAGAGGAAGGAAAGGAGAGAGAGGAAAGAGAGGAAAACCCGGAAAGGGAGGAAGGGACGAAGACGGAGAAACAACAGUAAAAGGUCUGCGGUGUAUUCACAUGAGGCAUAAAUAUGAUGAGCCAGUCUCCCUUCUUUCCUCCCUAGCCAUGGCCUUUUUCUGUGGAAAUGACUAAUGUACUGACCAAUUGUCUAACUUUUAAAUUGGGAGACUUAGACUGCAGAAAAAAGUCUCAUCCCCAAGUCACACUGAUAAAUCUGGCAGCACUAGAGAGGUGUAUUUUGGCAAAGUAGCUAUUAGACACCCAUUCAGUUUUGGUAGAUUAUCUCUGGGGACAGAACAAUGCUGUUUUAAACACAGCCAUUAACUGAAAAUACAUUUUCACAUUAUAAUUGGGUUUGGUUUGACAUUUCUGAAGAUCACAGACAUUUGUUUGCCCACAGUGGAUUAUAACUCCCAGCAGCUUUAAUCUAAGGGAUUUGCAAAUAAAUCCGCAUAAAUGACACUUCAGAUCUAAAAUCCCCAUAUCCAAGAAAUACUUAACAGAAAAUCCAAAUAUUAUCAGCUCCACCACAGAGGAAAAUGUCAUGCCUCAGUAGAUUCAUUAGCUGAGGUAGAACUAGCAGAAAAGUGAGUCAGACAUAGAAAUUAAUGUAGGAGCCUCUAAAUAAUGCCACAUUCAAAACAUAAUGUUUACAGAGACAUUGUGGUUACUUUCCUGAAGACAAAGAAAAUAUUUAUUGACAGGAUUUUAACCUGUAGUGUACAGUAUAUCAAAUCUGAUAGUAAUAAAUUGUAUUCCUUUAUGUUAUUGAGAUAUUAGUUCAAUACAGAAAAUAAGUUUUUGGUUAAAAAAGAAAAAAAUGUAAAGGUGUACAAAAAAAUGUAUGUUUGCUGUAUGGUCAAUAAAGUGUAAAUAUAUCUUAAGACAA